UUCCGUAAACUGCGACUCCCGUCGGUCCUUGCGUCAUUGUGUCAACAUGGCGCCUGUCUGCCGGACAAAAGGCGAAUCUGUUUGACGGUGGAUUGAAACCCAAUUAGAAACAGAGGAGACAUUUUGGGAAAACUGUCAGUGUCCGUGUGUCCCGGCGCCCCAAGGCAAAGGAUAUAUGGUAAAAUUAACAUCUGUGGAGGCUCUUAGACUGGAAUAUUAAGGAUGUUCCAGCAGUGUGAGGAGCCUCGUUUCACCAUCGAGCAGAUUGACCUCCUCCAGAGGCUACGGAGGACAGGUAUCACACAGGUGGAGGUCCUCCACGCCCUGGACACCCUGGACCACCUGGACCGCCAACAUGGACACAAGUUGACCCAUAAGCCUCCCUACAUGCCUCCCUCGUCUUCCUUGUCUUCUUCCAGCGCCGUUGUCGCCUCUUCUUCCAUGACUUCCACCGCCACUCAGACAAGUUUCCCUAACAACCGACUCUCACCGUCACCUAAUAACAACUUUGACACCGCCUCCCCGCUUCUACCGAUUCCAGUAGCAUCGCCUGUCGCCAUGGCAGCGGUAGUCCAGAACGGCCUAGUUGCUGUCACCAACGGGAAGCUGUCACCUCCCCGGUUUCCUCUUGGUAUUGUGAGUGGCAGUGUCACGGCGCCAGGCUACGGGUUCGAGACCAGCGAAGAGGACUUAGAUGUUGAUGACAAGGUGGAAGACUUGAUGAGGCGGGACAGUGCUAUGAUCAAAGAAGAGAUUAAGUCCUUCCUGGCGAACAGGCGGAUCUCCCAGGCUGUGGUCGCUCAGGUAACGGGGAUCAGUCAGAGUCGGAUCUCCCACUGGCUCCUACAGCAGGGAUCAGACCUCAGCGAGCAGAAGAAAAGAGCCUUCUUUCGCUGGUACCAGCUGGAGAAAACCAACCCUGGUGCCACUCUUGCUAUGCGAGCCGCCCCAUUGGCUCUGGAGGAGGUGAUGGACUGGCACCAAGCCCCACCUCCAUUUGGCUCAGCCCCCGGGGGCUUCCGCCUGCGGCGAGGGAGCAGAUUCACCUGGAGGAAGGAGUGUCUGGCUGUUAUGGAGAGUUACUUCAUUGAUAACCAGUACCCCGAUGAAGCCAAGAGAGAGGAGAUUGCCACCGCCUGCAACGCUGUCAUUCAGAAACCAGGAAAGAAGCUGUCCGAUUUGGAGAGGGUAACAUCUCUGAAGGUCUACAACUGGUUUGCCAACCGCCGCAAAGACAUCAAGAGGCGCGCUAACAUUGAAGCAGCCAUCUUGGAGAGCCACGGCAUCGAGGUUCAGAGUCCAGGCGGUCAGUCCAACAGCGAUGAGGUGGAUGGCAACGACUUCCCCGACCAGGGUUGUGAGGUGUCCUUAUUUGACAAGAGAGCUUCAGCCAGGCACUUUGGUUUCAGUCGAGCUGACCUGUCCUCUCCAACUCAGGUACCCACAAUGCUCCCCAGCUGGUUUUCUGCCCUGGGUAGAGGAGGCUUGUCUGGACAGAGGGGCACUUCUCUAAUUGGCCGUUCCCUCGUGUCGGGGGCGGGCCCUCAGGCAGAAGGUUCCAGAUUGACAGGCGUGUCCUGGUCUCCCCCCUCGCCCUCCCUCCAGGACGAACCCACCAUUCACAGCGCGCUGUCCGAGCCCCAGGACCCAAUCGGUUUGGAGAAGGCGGCUGUCAAUCACAGCAACCAAGCCCUAGCCAAUCAGGUGGAUGCGGCGGCGCGCAGUAUUGGGAAUGACAUCAAGACGGAAACGCUGGAGGACGACUGAAAUGGGUGGUGGAAAUUGGAGUUGUAAUGGAACAGGAUCAGAGGUGUGUUAAUAUGCAAGCAGAUUUUAUAGGAAUGUAAUAAGUGGGGAAAAAAAGACCAAAAGUCGUGUAAACUCCAACCCUGAGAUACCUCCCAACCCUACCUCCAACCACCAACCUGCUCUGCUACGCUCUUAUACUGUAGGCAUUACUAGUAUAUUAUAAUAAUGAAAAUAAUAACAAUAAACUUUGAUUUGUUAGAGUGCAUCCCAGCAGGCUAUGGAAGAUUACAAAUGCCUAUAUAAUAACAAAUCAAACAAAGAAAGUGAAAUAGAUGAUGAAUUCUUUAAUUAUGACACAUAGCAGUGUGUAUUUCUUUGCUGAUUUGUUUUAGGCAUUUCAAAUCUUCCGUACGGCCUGUCUAACAGGACUUGAUGCAUUGGGCAGAUUUCUUUGGGAACUGCAUUUUCCACCGCAGGACAACACUGUAUUUGACACAGGGUUCAAUUCAUUUCAGGGUCUUGCACUGUGAUCACAAUACAACUGAACAGCCUCAAAAUGAAUUUGAAGUUAAGUUACUUUUAACUGAUUGUUUUUAAAAUGAUGUUAAAUUCAUUAAUCACAGUUGAUUAUAUUUCAAAUGUUGGCUGUUGGUUCCUUCCAGUGGGGAGAACAGCAGAAUCACAGCACGUAGGGAAUAUUUCUGUGGGCCUAAAGAUGAUUUGAAAUGUUAAAAGAGAAAGAAACAGAAGGAGCCACACCUCCGUACUCUGCCCUGGUUUAUAAGCUCAAUAUAAGGAAGCAAAGAAAGGAAUACCUAAUUGAAAUUUAAAUAGCACUGAGUGGAUAGCAUUGACAUGUUUUAAUUCACAAACCAUUCCAGUGGUUGAAUUCCCUUCUUACAAAAUUCCAAGUAGGUAUUUUAAGUUACUAUUUUUGAGAAAACCUUUUACACCAUCAUUGACGGCUGACUCGUCACGCCUCUUAACCGGACGGUAGGGGCAGCACGUGAUCAAAAAUAAAUCACAAAAGGCAUUUCCAGCAGCCGGUUAGCCUAAAAUCAAGCCUUACCUCAUCUGUUGCAGGCCACAUGUUGGCCUUUGUCGUGGCUCAAAAACUGACAUCCAUAGAAAAGUGUGGACUCAUUUUUAACUGGAGUAUCUGCACAUUACUGUAAUUCCUUACCCAAUAUAUUGUGAUCCACUAACGUUAGGCAUGUUACCAGAGAGGAAUAAAUCAUCUUGGCCAUAGAGCUGCUGCAUGAGCCGCGAUGUACUCGCAGGGAGUGAGUGGUGGGGGGGGCAGCGAGGCUGGAAAUAGGACAGUGGUGUUUUAACAGAGCCAACGGGACAGUUGAGGCAGAUUCAACUCGUUUGUUUGAGAGGGGAGACCCCAUGUGGACAUCUGCACUUUUUUAAUUGCACAACUUGAAAUUACGAAGAGGAAUUUUCUAGAUAAAAAUAUUAAAAACUUUGCGGUAUUUAAAUAUUAUGUAUUCACUAGAGAUCAAAUUUCACAAUAAGGUAUUCAGUUGCUUAUAAUACUCAAAUCCUUACGGCCUCUCUUUGCUUCCAUAUUAAAUACAAGUAAUAAAAUAAAAGUUACUCAAUACAUAAAUGUUGAAGCUAGAGGAAACAGUUGACAGAUUUGUAAGAAAACUAGAAUUGAAUAAUAGAAUGAGUUUGUGGUCGAUGGCUGACCAGGCGGAAUGAAUGCUCACUGUGAGAUGAUCUAUAAUCAGUACAGGUCAGUCAGUUGGGAGGUAUUCAACAGUGUAAUAACGUGUAACAUGAAUACAUACAUAUACUACACAUGGAUGUAUGCAAACACACGUAUAUACAGUAUGUUAUAUAAACUGUGGGGUAUGUACUGUAUAUGCACCCUGAUCCAUUUCUAGUUACAGUAUAUAGACUUAUUAGCUUCAAAUGAGACAAACUAUCAGUAUGAGUCUUUCUUGUUGGUGAAAGGUGAGUGAAGCAUUAGCCAAAGUAUUACGUUUGAAUUGUGUGUAUUUUCUGAGUGUGUGAUAGUCAUGGGUGGAACUAUGUAUUAGAGAUAUGCUUAUCAAAGAUGCAUCAGAUGUGUCAAAUUAUUGCAAAGGAAAAUGCAUUUCCUGUUUUAGGUAUAUCUGUGUUUGUGCUUGAUAUGCCAUGUGUUCUAAACACAUGCUGUCAAGUUGAAAUUGUAUUUUCAUUUUAAAUGACACUUUAUUGGAUCCAUGUGAUGGUGCUUCGAGUCCCUGCUGUUUAAACAUUCGAUUGAUCAGCAUGAAUGACUGAUAGACCAGAGAGGCAGUAGGAAGACAACAGGAUUUCCUCAGAAAGCGAAUAGUUCCCAUUUAGUGAGCGAGUUGGAUUCUCUCGAAACAACCACAGCAGGAAUUGUUCUUUAGAAAAAUGAAUAAACUAGUAAAAUCAAGAAAUAUUUAUCUCGGUACAGCCAUCGUAGAGGUCUAUCUACAUCCCCACAAGGAACUAUUAAAAGUCAGGGUUUCCCUUUUUUUAGCCAUUGAAGUGAGGGGAUACUUAACCAUGGUCUGAUAACUGGUUGGGUUUUGUCUUAAAUACACACCUUCUCUUCAAAGGGGAACACCACCUACAUUAUGAAUUCCAAUAUGUUAUUUCCAUGGCCUAGGAAAGUUCAAUCAAUAUUUGUGAACAUGAGUUACUCUCUCUCAAAGCCAGAAACCAGAGAAGAGUCUCAAACCUUUGAUGACAUUAAGAAUAAAGUCUGGAGUUUUCAUUCUGUGGUAGCGUUGUGAGAUCUGAAACAGCUCUCAGUGUCCUCUAGAACAUCGUUCCCAAUCUAUUGUCGAUGAAACACUUCCAGACUUUUUGUACUUGAUGAUGUCACAAAUUUGAGUUUCAACACUAGUUUUGGGAUUUCGGGAGAGAGUUGAUAAUGUUUACUAAUAUCGUUGGACUGUUUUAUACCAUAGGAAUAGCAUGUAUGUACAUGAACAUAAUUUUUGAAAAUGGACAUAUUUCCCCUUUAAAUUUAAAAAGUCCACAAACAUCUUACCACGUGUUUAUCAGGAAACAUUCUUAGCGUAUUGUUAAACAUCCCACAAUAGUAUGCCACUAUAUUUAGCCUUUCAAAACACUUUGUUGCGUAAAGGUGGGGAUGUGUGUAUCUUAAAGAAGCAUUCAUUACAUUUUUAGCAGCAAACACAGCCCUGACAUAUUCCUUAUAACGUGUUAGACAUCCACCAGACAAGAUUGACUUAGCUCUGUUUUGGCUUCCACCAACCCCUAAGGACAAGCUCUGGCUCUUCAGCUGCUUAAUGCUCCACUAUGUUCACUAUGUACUUUGUGUCUGCUGUUUGGUGCUGGGUAGGGAGUGUACAGCACUAUAAGACACAGGGCGGCUACGGCUGGAAACACGUUUUAAUGAGAGUGGAGUUUGGGGGCUAGAAAACUAAAACAAUGAGCCAAAAGAGGAAAAAUGAAGGAGCUAAAGAGUUGGGUGAUACUUGUCUGGUUCACCACUAGGAGUGACCUUUUCACUUCACACAUAGUAGUUUGAUCCACUUUUAAUAUUAAAAAAGCUAAGUGCAGCUUUAAUUGAUCAGGUUCUAAAUAAAAACUACAUUUUAACGAUACUGAAAGUUAGUGUUCAGUAGCUGAUACUCUUAAACACUGUAGAAAUUCUAUCAGCCAUUGAAAGUGGUAUCCACCUCUUUUGUUUGUAUACGUGUAUUUCACUCAGCAGUGAGACACAUUAACAACUGACAGUAAACCCUUUCCCACUAGUUAAAGAGUUUGGUGUGUCAGUUAUUAGGUGAUCCAGCAAUCCAGAAUCAUUUUGGUAAUGUUACAUCAACACAUGCCUUGUACUGUAUGGUUUUUAGUUGAAGUGCCUUAUUUAUUUCAGUGCAUUAACACAGGAUUAGUGCAUGCAGAGGGACUUCUACGAUGGCUGUACAUAUAUCACUCUAUCAGAACCAAUGCAAGAAAGCGCCAACACUAAAGUGGCUUCAUUCAAACCGGUUUAUUAUUGUUCAUCACCAGGUGCUUUACAGGCUAAGCUACUAGUUCAGAGUUAGAAACUCAACACAAAUACCUCACUUUACCCCCCUCAGCUAUAAGCUACAGCCCGCAGGUUCCUCCACAGCUGCUUCAAUGUGAAUCCAAGUUUAGACGGUCCAGGGUAAAAAGUAUCUGCAGAGCCGAUUUAUUCUGAGAUUAACGGCUAUGAAGACGCUUCACUGGCUGAUCUGGAACACCAGAAAUGACAGCGUCCUCUAAAAGGGAAAAUUCCUUCUCGAACUCGAGCCAAUAUUAAGUUUGAAAAUAAAGGGAAAUUCCACUCCAAAAAACAAUUCAUCAUUCAUAAGCUCCUGCUUCCACCAAGUCCAAGAAAUACUUCUAAAGUAUGUUUUCCCUUCUUCCUGGUGGAACACUAACAGUGUUGGUUUCAGAUUGAACGUCUGAGAGAACUGAAGUUUUGUGGUGGAAUGUCUCCUUCGUUGUACGGCAGCACAGCUGUCCCAGGUGUCUUUGCUUUAAGCGUUUGUAAUACUCUGAUCAUCAUUAGCAAGUGACGUAGCUUUUCUGUCAUUUUCUGUUUGAAUUAUUUACACCAAAAUAUUGAAAAAUAUUAUCCCACUAGGGGUUAGAAUUAUUAUUUUUUUUAUAAAUCUGCCAAGCAGAAGCCUUUGAAGAGAACCCGUGGGUUCAUUUAAGACAACGUGCUGUUUGAGAUUAUUUCAGGAUUUUGAAUCCUUGCAGUUGCUGCCUUCAUGGUUUUCUCAUAAAGUUGUACUUUGGAGUUGUGAAGUAGCAAAUUGAUGUGAAAUGAAAAAGUAGUUUAUUAGUGUCAGUUGUAGUCAUUUUAGAGCCAAAUAAUCUGAAAGUAAAAAGAAAUGAAAACGAUAAGAGAAUUAACAUGAGACCAUAAACAAACACACACGCGUAAUCAGAAACCUCUUAUCUUGUUUGUCUUUAACAGAUGUCAUUCCUAUUGAUUGGUCUUUGUUUCUUGACAUUUCAUUUUGCUUUCAGUUUUUUUUACCCUAAAUUGGCUCCGUACUUUGUCUUUACAAAGUGUUUAUUCUUAUUUUCAUCAACUUGGAAUGCAUAAUAAGUCAAAGUUGUCAUGAAAUGGAGAACCAGUUUUCCCAGAAAGCCUUUGCUCUUCCAGUGAGAUCAGCACGGUGUCACCCUGACAGUCUUCAUCGCUUUAAAUCCAGUUUCAGCAUCCGCCUUCAGCCCUCGGUUGCCUCGCUCGCUUUUGUUUAGAAGGAUGAGCUUCCGGGGGCGCCUGGGUAGCUCACCUGGUUGAGCGUGCACCCCAUGUACAGAGGCUCAGUUCUUGAUGCAGCAGCCACAGGUUCAAUUCUGACCUGCAGCCCUUUGCUGCAUAUCAUUCCCCCUUUCAAUAAUUCAGCUAUCCUAUCAAAUAAAGGCCUAAAAAAAUUAUCUUAAAAAAAGAAAGGAAAAGAAAAGAUGAGCUUCCUCCCGCUGGUUCUUCACACGAUGAACGUGGCUGACGUUUCCCAUCCGAUCCCUGGCGGUGACUACAUCUUGAUCACAUUUGUCUUGUGUGUUUUGCCAAAUCUAACUUCCUGACCCUUUUACACAGACAGUACAGUAAGACAUGCUCUUAACCCUUCUGUUUGGGCUGUUAGUGUGACACUAUCAGGGUGUUAAUGGGGUUGGAGAGAACGUGAGGUGAGGUGUGCUGUGUGAACAAAGAGAAGCACAGUGACGCCUCAGGACUGAACGUUGCCGCUGUCUGUUGCUUAGCCUUCGUCAAUGUUGUGAACACACGAGAUGCUGUAGGACAUUUGAACAGUUGUAUUCCAAAAUGCUGUUUUUAAUUUAGGUGAAACAAGUUCAUCAUUCAUGCAUUCAACAUAAAAUGUAGAUGUUUCAGUGUUAAUGUCCUUUAAUCAGCCCAUGACUGUAAAUACUACUUAAAAAAGUAGGGACUACUUCUGAGUGGCUUCCAUUUCAUUUUGGCAAUAAAUUAUUCAAUAAUUCUCUAUAGAAUGAAAAAUAUCAAACCUCAGCAGGAUGUUUAUUGUAUCAUUUUGAAUUGAUUUUUAUCCCCUCGUUCUUUUCUAUUUCAAGAUUUAGUGCCUUUUUUGGACGGUAGACUGUUCUGUAAUCGCUAUGUAGAAAAUCUACAUAUGCCUUUUGUUACUUUUUCAUCUGUUGGAUAAACCUUAUUUGUUAUUUUUAAGGUGUGUUUUUAUUGAUAUUCUAUUUACAAGGGAAUAAAGUGAUCCGAGU